AUGAUCAAAUUUGGCGGGUGUUCGAACAUCACGCGCGACGAUGUCAAGCGCAACAUUCUCCUCACAACGUCCCUGCUUGGCGAUGUUCCUGUCUCUAGCUGCUCAUCGCGCUCGCCCAGCAAGCCCGUCGUUCGUAGUACAUAUCCGUCCACGACGCAGCUCUCCCUGCCCUGCAUACAGCUCGGCGGCUCAGAUCUCGCCAAAGCCCUGCAGACCGAGUGCACGGUUCAUGAUAACCAGUGCGAACAUAUCUUUCCCAACUCAAGCUCGAAGUUGCCGACGCCGGGAGAGCGCCUGCAGCGGUCACGGCGUACGUUUUACAGGGCAUGCAUACCGGCCCCUUUCACACCACAUACAACCUAUCAAACACGCCUUCCUUCAAGCUCGCUCGCGAUCCCCCCAGACCUGCCGCUGUCGAUCUGUCAAACACCCUGUUUGGGUUCAAACGUCGAGCUGACACCGGCGGACAUUGGAGGUAUGUCGCCGUCUCGGCCCGCGGUGCCUGUCGAGGAACAGUGA